AUGUCGCGGUUUCCUAUCCAUUCCACGUUUGCCGUUGAGAAUACGAUCUCUUUCAAUCAUUUUUGUUUCGGGCACUCACCAUGUCCAGUCUGUCCACAACCGCUUGCUGAAAAAUUUAUCAAUUUGGGCCUGGUUGAUAAAUACAUAAGAUACAGUUCUGCACUACAAUAUUUGUUUGGGAAAAGCGAGCUGGCUAACACCAGGCGUGGUCCACCAGUAACAUUUUCGUACACGGCACGAAUUCCGGAUGCCAUUGGUUUUUGCAUACGUACUGCCGGGAAAAUGACUGAUAUUGCCAAGGAGGCUGCAAAAAUGAAUGGGCAUGAUUAUAACAACCACGAGCAACAGCAACAUUCACGUUUUGCUGGCUCACCAGCGAGCGAUUUCGAGUUUCGUCCGUCGUCUAAGGAAAACGGGAAAAGCUUAAAAGCUAACAGAAGUAAAUCGCCUGGUGCAUUCAUUGAACGGCUUUCAAGCUUUGCGCGAGGAAAAUACCGAAGCAGCUUAUCCGAACGACCAUCCCAGUCCCGAAACUUUGAGGAGCGUCCACGAAGGGAUUUGCAGAGAGACUUGCAAAAGUGCCGUGACAAUGCAGAAACAAGGCUCGAUUUGAGUUCUUCGGAUGAGGUGCACCGCGUAAAUAACAAGCAGUUCGUUCCAUUUCAGAUUGUCAGCAUUCCAUCGUCAAUUCGCGAUUUGGUGCAACUUACAGAGCUUUUCCUAUACAAAAACAAAUUAACUGUGCUACCCAAUGAAAUUGGAAAUUUAGUGAAUUUGAAGAAAUUAGGUCUCAGCGAGAACGGUCUCACAUCACUACCGGACAGCCUUUCUGCGUUGACUCAACUCGAAACACUCGACUUACGUCAUAACAAACUCUGCGAGCUACCGUCUGUAAUCUAUCAGAUCAGCUCGCUGGAAACAUUAUGGCUGCGGUACAAUCGCAUUGUAUCAGUUGGUAAUGAGAUUGGUCGUCUCAAACGACUGAAAAUGAUUGAUUUGCGGGAAAACAAAAUACGCGAACUGCCAUCAACGAUCGGACAAAUUAAAUCGCUUGUUGUGUGCUUGCUCAGUUAUAAUCAUCUGAAGGCUAUCCCCGAAGAGAUUGGUAAUUGCUCAGAGCUCACCCAGCUGGACCUUCAGCAUAAUUAUCUCGUAUCGCUGCCACAGUCGAUGGGCAAUUUGCAAAAUCUUGUUCGCUUGGGCAUACGCUACAAUAAAUUACGACAUUUGCCACCCGGACUGGCAUUUUGUCAUAAGCUGGAGGAAUUCAUUGUGGAAAGCAACCAACUUGAGGCGUUACCGGAAGGGAUGCUCACUUCACUGCCCAAUCUGAAGACGAUUAACCUCAGUCGAAAUGAAUUGACAGCUUUUCCGUCGGGUGGACCCCAGCAGUUUGCAUCGUCUGUGUCGAUAAAUUUGGAGCACAAUGCAAUAGCGAAGAUUCCAUUUGGGAUAUUUUCGAAAGCAACGGGCCUGACAAAACUUAAUCUGAAAGAAAAUGCUCUUACGUCGAUGCCACUAGAUAUGGGAGGUUGGCUGGCCAUGACGGAGUUGAACUUAUCGACAAAUCAGUUGCGCGUGCUGCCGGAUGAUAUUGAUAAGCUUGUCAAUUUAGAAGUGCUGGUUUUGAGCAACAAUAUGCUCAAAAAACUUCCAUCUCAAAUUGGCAGUUUGAAAAAGCUUCGAGAAUUAGAUUUGGAGGAAAACGAAUUGGAUGCAAUACCAAAUGAAAUUGGUUAG